GGUAAAUCAGCUAUAUAUAAAAUUAUAAAUAGCUCUGGUGAUCAUCGUUUGCCGCUUCAGAGUCAGAAUUCAAAUUCGUGCUUUCGUAAGUGUGGAUUCUCAGGCGCUAUGGGAUCCCUAGAAUCUGCCGGCGAAAGUUCAGGGUUUACGAAGAUCGAGAUUGCAGCGGAGAGCCUUCGCAGAUCUGAUAUCUUCCAUGUUGUGAAGGAGGUGCUAGGGUUCAUCCUCUAUAUGCACGAGCAGAUACCCAGCGUUUUGCAGAAUCUUGAACACGAAUUUGAUGGCUUGAAGGAAGAUUAUAAACAUUUGGAUGUGUCAUACAGUGCUCAAUUAGAGAGGAAGGAGAGGAAGGUUUCUAGAAAGACUAAUAUGAGAAAAAUUGAAGUGAAAUCAGCCAUAAAAAGGCUGGAAAAGUUGAUUAAUAGCAUAUCUACUUUAUCUUCUGCUCUUCAAGAAGCAAUUGAAGGAAUUCCUGGUUUUGAUGGCGUUACGUUCCUUCUUGGAGGAAGCCUUGCACGCCCCCAACAUGUUUACGAGAUUUUCUUUUCUCAUUUCAAGAUUAUUUCUGACAGUGCGAAUCACAACGCUAAAAGUAAAGUAGCAGAAAUUCUUUUAAGAAAGGCUGUUCGAGCAUUGCUUUCCAAUGGUGCAGGAAGUUCUUCUUUCUCAGGUCCAACUAAGCUGUUUCUGAUGAUUAAAUCUCCCUGUUCCUUCAAAUCGCCAUUGCAUUUCUUGCCCAAGCGUGAUUUCAGAUUCAACAGAAAGGUGCUGCCAAUCAAGUUGCAUAUUAAGUAUAAGUUUGGAGAUCAAAACGUGAAUAAUUUGCAUUGCAACCCAGACCAAACUAAUCCCAGUAAAUCAACUGAUACGGCUGUGAGUGAUAUGAUAUGGUAUCAGUGCAGGCAUAUUGUCAGAGGACUUGCUGUCAAGUCUCAAGAAACUGAAUUUUGAGUGCUCCCCGUUUGUAUGUAGCUCAAGUCUUCAUUUUGACUUUAUUUGAGAUGAUUUUUUUUAUUGCAUUUUUAACAGCUUUUACGUACAAUUGAUAAAAAAAUUACUUUAAAAAAUAGCAAGCAAAACAUUUCUGAAA